AUGAAUGAUUUUGCUGAUCUACGAGAAAGCAUAAGGAAUAAUAACUGGAGUGAGCCAGAUAUUAAGACUGUACCAGAUAAGCCUCGCCGAGAUGCAGUAGCCACCUUUAGACUCCUAACAGGUCAUGAUUGUCUAGGAGAACACCUGCAUCGUAUAGGUAUUGACCACCCUCAGUGUCAACUGUGUGGUUCUGGAGCACCAAUGAAUAGAGAGCACCUCCAUUGCUGGCAAAACCCUGAUGAAGAAGUUAAUUUCUUCAAGGAUACUCUAUUUCCUGAAAUCAGAAAACAGUACAGCGAUGCAGAGAUUGACUGUGAAAAAUCAGAUUUGAAUAAAAUUAAUCUGAGACUGUCACUGGUAGAUGCAGAUGAUGCAGAAAAACUAAAAAACAAUGUAUCUAAAAUCACAAAUUCGAAUUGGAUCAUCUAUAGGACGCAAGGAAAUUUUCAAAGAAAGUCAGAAUGGUUGUUGCUUGACCGCCAAACUUUGAUAACUCGUCAAAACAAUACCAACAACUUCUGUGAGGCAACAAUUAGAAUUUUAAAAGAUGUUGUGUUGUGCCGCACAAAGGCAUAUAAUAUUGUCGCCCUCACAGACUUCUGCAUUUCUGUGUGGAAUUCAUAUCUCAAACAAAAAUUGAUGGCUUUUGCUUACUCCAGGCGAGGUGAAGUUGUACUAUUGUACAACAAUUUAAAUAAAAAAACACAAAGCUUAUCAGAGGAAAAUCUAAAAGAAGAAAGUGAGCACUUGUAUACAGUAAAGUCGGCUGACGGAAAAAACAUUUACACCGUUAAUGUUGAACAUGGUGUUUGUACUUGCGAAGCAGGAGCUUCCGGUGCUUUCUGCAAGCAUCAGUUCUUUGUAAUGAAAACUAAAGGUAUGUCAUUACCUAAUGCACCACCAAUUAGUGCUAAUGACAGAUACAGAUUAGCUAAACUGGCUUUAGGUGCAAAGUCUCCUGAUCCUAUAAGGAAAAUACUGAUUCUCCUGGUGUCCAAAACGUCUCCUGUGAGGAAAAAAAAUAAUGAAGUUUUGAAAGAGUUGGAACGAUUGGCGGACAUGAUGUCAACAAACAAUAAUGAAAAUGCUGCUACUGCUGCUCUUAGUAUCUUGAAAAGAAUAAAAAAGCCUGAUGAUUUUCAGACUCUCUGUGUUUUGCCAAAUUUGAGGGCAAAAAGAUUGAAAAAAAUCGGUGUUCAGUCUACAUCAAUAUCUAGACGCAGGCUUGGGUUGACAAAAUCAAAAAAACGUGUACCCUCAGGACGACCCUCUAGAAUUCUGAAAAGGGGCAUUUAAAGAAAAAGAUGUUUGCAAGAUAGCAUUGUUAAAAAUCAGCCAAAUGCUAAAUCGCAUGGCUUAUUUCAUUAAUUUUCCUUUCUAAAUAUUUGAUUCAAAAAUUAUUUAGCGACUAUGUAAUAAUCAAAAUUUCUUAAAUUUUCAUU